AUGAACCCGGCAAGGUCAUUAGGGCCUGCAAUUGUUUCAUGGAAAUUUGGCAAUGUGUGGAUUUACCUCAUUGCCCCUACUGUUGGAGCUGUUGGGGGUGCAUUGCUGUUUCGUGCUUUACGACUUCAACAUCAUCCUUGUGGCCCUGAUUCCUCUCCUAAUACCACACGGCUAAGUGAUGAAGAUUGUGGUAAUAGUAGUGGCAGUGGUACUAAUGGUGGUGGUGGUGGUGGUGGUGGUGGUAGUAGUGGUAGCGAUGGUGCUAUGGUGGUAGCGGUAGUGUUGAUGGCAUGGAUGGUGGCGGUACUGAUUGUAGUGAAUUUAUAA